AUGAACUACUCCUUCGAACCCACCGCCAACCAUGCUAUCUCAUUGGCGCUCCCCAGAUUAGAUUAUCACCCUGACCCACCAUUGCAAGUGUCAGAAAUUACCUCACCAACGACGCUCGACGCGUCUCCUGUGGAUUUAUGCACUCUUCAGCUCAAGGCGUUCUUAAAUGCUGCUGAGGAUAUUGAUAUCGACACCGAAACCUUGAUGGAAUUACUCCAGCUUUUACAAGGGCGUCUCGAGGAACAGGACGAAUCUAGUGCCAAUGCCCAUGUACAUGAUGGACAUGACCUGUCAACAGUAGAUAUCGAUGCCCUCUAUGAACUCGAUAUUUCCGCCCUCUAUUCCAUGGAUGAAGGUCAUCAGAUUUGGAGUCAAAAAGAGAGACGAGAAUUCCUUGUUCUUUUGAAGGAACGCGGAAUGGCCGCUUUCGUUGACAGGCUUGUCAAUACUCAGUGCAUACAUAUUCCGCAGCUUCUACUCGCUUUCGGAAUUGAUCUCGUUCCGGAACUCAAAAAUGUCAGCCAGAGGGCAUUGUUGUACUUCCUUCGUGUGGCAAUGUCACGAGAGCUCCGCAAUCGGGAUAAGCUGCCAGAGUACAACACAAUCAAAGAUGCUGUUAACCUUAUUCGCAACAGCAAGAGAAUACUCAUCUUGACCGGGGCAGGAAUAAGUGUUUCGUGUGGUAUCCCAGAUUUCCGAUCACGGAAUGGGUUGUACGCGUCGCUGGGAGAAUACAAGCUAGAUGAUCCGCAGCAGAUGUACGUAAACAUGUACACCCGAAACGAGUGCCUUUCAACCCUUAUGUUUUAUAGUCAGAUAUACCCUGCCAAUUUUGUGCCCUCGCCGUGUCAUCGCUUCAUCAAGCUUAUAGAGGACAAGGGCAAACUUCUACGUAACUAUACCCAAAACAUUGACACCCUAGAAACUAAAGCUGGCGUGCAAAACGUUCUGCAGUGUCAUGGUUCUUUUGCUACUGCCAGCUGCCUUCAAUGCCGAAGGAAGGUACCUGGAACGGAAAUUGAGGCCGAGAUCAUGAAGAAAAAGGUCCCUCUGUGCCCUGUGUGCAACCCCUCAAUAUUAUCCCCCAAGAAGAAGAAGAAGACUAGUAAGAAGAAGUCCAAGGGACAAUGGGAUAGUGACGUCUCGGAUGAGAGCGAUGGGCCAGAAUAUCCUCCGGGCAUUAUGAAGCCUGACAUUACAUUCUUUGGGGAGAAACUGUCUGACCAGUUUGACCACGCCGUUGAAGCCGAUCGGACCCAGCUAGAUUUAUUGCUCGUUAUUGGGACCUCUUUGAAGGUGUCACCAGUUGCCGAUUUGCUAUCACAUAUCCCACAUUCCGUUCCACAAAUACUCAUCAACAAGACUCCUAUCAAACAUAUAAAUCCAGACAUUGUGCUUCUGGGUAACGCCGAUACGAUCAUCAAUCAUCUAUGUUCUGAGCUAGAUUGGGAGCUUCCACCGCCGCUGGCCACUCCUCGAAUGUUGACGCCGCGAAACAUGAAGAAGCGACCGUCAAUGGGGCCGCCAGAUAUAGAAGAGCCCGAGAGGGUCAGUGACAGCCAUGUAUGGUUAUUUGAAGGCGCUGAAGGAGGGAAGUGGCUUCGGGAUUUUGAGCUGGAAAUAGAUCAUGCGGAGGGACGAGGUGUGCUGGAAGCGAGAAAUGCGAAGAAGAUGAAGGUAUGA